AUGUCUUAUUAUGAUAUCGACUCGAUCUUGACAGAUUCACAAAAAUUGCCAUGUACAUUUGAGCUCGAAGUGCCCGGCCUGGGAAUUCUGGAAGGCAACGCAGGUGAAGAUAUCAAAGCUGGGACUCGGAUCGACCUCCCAUUAUGGCUGGGUGAAAUGCUUUCGAUCGGAGCGAGAUUGGGGACGUCUCGUCUUGUUACCCUCGACAUGCCUGAUGCACUCUCGGAGCGUGUGAUGAAUGCGUUGAAGGCAGAUCCCCGAACACUUGACCUUCGUGCCUUAGCGCCGCAUUUCUACAAUCUAAGCGAACGGAUUCUAGAACUUUUCGAAGAAGAAGAGAUGGUGGACGUUCUAACUGACACAUUCAAGAAACGAGCGGCCGAGAUUGCCGACCACGCACACAACUCACGCGGGGCGGUUGGUGACGGCGUCGAUUUCCUUCGCGGGUUGGAUGAGACCGAGCGGCAAUUAUUCCGAGCUGCUCAUGACCGAGCUAAGGAAAUGCGAAUCUGGUCUGGGGAGGCGAGACGCAAAUGA